UCGUAAUUUUUGUGCGUCGCACAUCUACGAAUUUUUAGAGUGAACAGCUUUGAAUGAGGAUUACACAUUAGACACAUCAUCGCAUGCCUUAAUUGACAAUUUUACUAUUGACAUCAUUAUUGACAAAUUUACACACAGUGUAUUUUGCAUAAAAAUGUCAUCAUACAUAAAAACAUUACCUUUGCUGGACGGAACGAAAGUAAUUGUUAUAGAUGAAGAUUCAGAAACACCAUAUGCAUUGGCGUUGAUAGCUGGAUGGAUACACGCAUGGAAAGAAAAAAGUCCUGAUUACAGUAUCGAUUUAUUAUCAUUUUCAGAUCCAAAAACUUGGUAUGACAAUGAACCACUUACACCUGCAAAAGUAACCAUACAUGAUUAUUAUAGUGUUCAGCCAAAUGAAAAUGCUGAGAAGAAGGACUUUGAAAAUCUUGCUCAUGUACUCAAAAACAUCAAGAUGAAACCUCAGAAUACAGUUGUUGUCAACUGUUUGAGUUCUUUGAUUAUGUACAUUGGUUUAGAAAAGGCUAUUAGGUUUAUAGAAAAGUUAAGUAAACAAGUGUCACAAUUGAUAUGCAUUUAUCGGAGAGAUUUCAUACCGAUUGGAAUUCCUGCAAUUGAAACUUUUGGCACCACCUAUGUCAAGUUAGAAAAGUUUACAGAAAACAGCUCUAUAAACAAUAUAAUUUAUAUGACAGGAUUCACUCAUAGAAAGUCUGGUGGUUCCGUGAUAUGUGAAACAGAAAUAAUAAAGCAAGAUAUUGAAUCUUAUCAAAUCACUGCUGAUAAGGUUGCAGUACCAAGCGUUCACAAACCAGAAACAGAACCUGUAAAAGUUGAAACAUCAUUUAGAAUAGAAAUGAGUGCUCAGGAAAUGGAACAAAGAGACAAGACACCUUUACCCUAUACUUUAAAUGCAGCGAAUACAUCCAAAAUAUUUUAUCAACCGGAAGAUGUAGAUGAUAUAGAUGAAGAAGAUCCUGAUGAUGAUUUGUGUAUAUAA